AUGUUGCUAAGCUAUUUCUUUGUUUCAUUAUUAUCAGCGACGCUAGCAGGCCCUGUAAAUACUCAGGGACCAGUUUUACAUUCGGCCCAAGUAAAAAUUGAUGGCCACGAGGCCCAAGCGAUCCAUACGACUACCGGAGGCGGUGGAGUUUCAAGCGUAGCCGGUAUUUCUUCAAGGAAUGGCCGAGUGACGUCAUACAGCGGGAUAUACUCCCACUCUGACCUCGACACUCCAGCAGUCAUAGCACGAGCAGACACCAGGGACCUCAGUUCAAAAACAUCUGAUGGAAAACCUUUGUAUAUAACCAAGGAGAUUGACAACGAGUUUACUAAAGGAACAGUCAAGAUAUCUCCCGGAUCUGUAUCGGUGACGUCAAUUUCUAAAUCGAGAUCCGCUCCCGGCUCGGAAUCUUGGAGGAACACUUUAUUGAUCCCAAUGAUGCCUAUCAUCUCCAACCCCUUCCUUCGCAGUUCUAUCUCGACUUACGAUCCGAGAUUCAACCCGUGGUUCCCUCAAGAAUUAUACGGUAGCUCUACCCAGAAAACCGACAAUAGAUUCAGAUCUAACCCCUUUUAUCCAAAUUUUUAUACGUUUUACAAUAAUUGGCAAUAA